AUACAAUCCACUUGUAUCAAUCGGCCGAGAAUAUCUCCAACCUUUUUAGCCUUUUCUGGGACCCAUCCGCUUCGGUUAGCGUGAGAAACUCCCUCUAAGCAAUUUGCAGUUUUCUUCUCAGAAUAUGAUCGAUCUAAUCCUCGAGCUUGAGCAGUGGAUUCUCUAAAAAGCUAUUGAUUAUCCCUUCAAACACAUAAAGCUCAAGGGAAGAACUUUUCUUUGUUGUAAUAUUCUUCAUUAAUCUCACACACCAUGCUUAAGAUCCCAAAACAUCAAGUUGCUGGUCAUAAAGCAUCUGAUGGACUGCUUGGCCCUCUCAUAGAUGAUUCAGGGCGCUUCUACAAACCUCUUCAGAGUGAUGAGCGUGGCUCCAAAGAGGUGGCCUUCUACACAUCCUUCUCUUCCAAUGCAAUGGUCCCAGAGCACAUCCGCAAAUUCUUUCCUAUCUUUUAUGGUACCCAACUCUUAGAAGCAUCAGAUGGAUCUGGGUUGUGCCCCCACAUUGUCUUGCAGGAUGUUGUCUCAAAUCUUUUGCAUCCAUCCAUUAUGGACGUUAAGAUUGGUUCUAGAACAUGGUACCCACAAGCACCUGAGGACUAUAUACAUAAGUGCCUUAAAAAGGAUAGGGAAACCAGCAGCUUGUCAUUGGGUUUUAGGAUAUCUGGCUUGCAGCUAUAUGGCAGUGAAGAAUCAGGAUUCUGGAGACCUGGGAAGAAGGUUGUCCAGAAUCUUAAUGCAGAUGAGGUUAGAGUAGUUCUGAGAAAAUUUGUUUCUUCCUACUCAUCUGCUGAUCCAAAUUUUGUACCAGAUUGUGCUUUUGCAUCUAGUGUUUAUGGUGGUUCAACUGGGAUUCUGGCCCAGCUAUUGGAGCUAAAGUCAUGGUUUGAGGAUCAAACCAUCUACCAUUUCAAUUCCUGUUCAGUACUCAUUGUGUAUGAAAAGGGGUCCAUGCUUAAACGUCCAAGUUCUGGUGCUGUAGUUAAACUUGUUGACUUUGCUCAUGUCACGGAAGCCAAUGGUGUUAUUGAUCAUAACUUCUUGGGUGGCCUUUGCUCUUUGAUAAAGAUGAUCUCUGAGAUUCUUACCAGUCCAGAUGAGUGCCGAACCAAAAAUGGUUUGCAGGACUCCGACAAGAAUUGUAUUUAUAUUGGCGACAGCAAAGGGGAGUGAACACAGCAUUUCAAGGUGCUGAAAGAUCUGGACAAAAAUUACUUUUUGCUAGGAGAGGCCUUAUUUUUCUUUUUGCCUAGCUCAAUGAGACUGUCAACUAAUAUGCAUUGACCUGUUGAAUAAAUUCUGCGUAGAGUUCCACGGCUAUUAUUUGUCCUUUUAGCCAAGUGGAAAAAAAGAAACAAACUUAACUGUAAAACCUAUUUUUUUGUUCUCAGUCCAUUAUUCUGUUAGUUCCAUUCUCAUUCCAAUACACAGAUUUUUUCGUGA